UUACGAGCGGCUGAACAAACAGCGCUAAUAAUCACAACGCACGAUUAACAGCGAUCUGUACGGGUAGGGUGACCGAAAAACACCCUCGUAUUGAAUUGUCUGGAAGAGUCGGAACAUUAGCGUUAUUAUUUUUUAUAUGUUUUGCAACAUAAUAUCAGAAAUCUUCUCAAUAACUGUUUAGUUUUCUAAACCAAAGCAACAGGGCGUCGAUUAUAAUAACUGAAGCCGAUCAUAAUCAUAUUAAGAGAUGUCACUGCUGUGUGUUGGAGUAAAAAAAGCCAAGCUCGAUGGACCGCAAGAGAAAUUCAACACCUACGUGUCACUGAAGGUUCAGAAUGUGAAAAGCACCACCAUCGCUGUGCGAGGCAGUCAGCCAUGUUGGGAACAGGACUUCAUGUUUGAGAUUAACAGGCUGGAUCUGGGCCUGACAGUGGAGGUAUGGAACAAAGGACUGAUAUGGGACACCAUGGUUGGCACAUUGUGGAUUCCUUUGAGCAGCAUUCGACAGUCAAACGAGGAAGGGCCAGGUCAAUGGCUGACUUUAGACUCCCAGGUCAUCAUGGCCGAGAAUGAGAUCUGUGGCACGAAAGAUCCCACCUUCCAUCGAGUGCUUUUGGACACACGAUUCGAGCUGCCAUUAGAUAUACCGGAAGAGGAGGCUCGAUACUGGGCCAAGAAAUUGGAACAGCUCAAUGCCAUGAGGGACCAAGAUUAUACAUACCAGGAGGAGCACGAGAGACCACUUCCAAUGCCAUCAACACAGUGCUGUAACUGGAGUCUAUGGGGGGACCAGCAGAAUGAUGAUCCAGACAGUGCUGUGGAUGAUCGAGACAGCGAUUACCGCAGCGAAACCAGUAACAGCAUCCCACCUCCAUACUACACCACCUCUCAGCCCAAUGCAUCCAUGCACCAGUACCCCAUCCGACACAUGCACCAUGGCUCCAGCUACAACGAUAUGCAGGACUACGACUAUGAUAACCAGAGAGCAAUUAGCCCAACCGGCAGUAGUCACUACGCCUCCUCAGGUGAGCUGAGCCGUGGCACCUCCCAGCUCAGUGAAGAGUUCGGCCCCGAGGACAGCGAGAGUUUCUGUGGUUUUGGAGAGUUUUAUGACGAGAACGACUCGUACCACUCCUGCCAUUCCUCUGUUAGCUUCGGUAAAGACUCACCCGCUUGGGACCCAGAUGAGCCACAGGGUGUCUACAGCGAUGACGGGGAGUUUAACAAAGAUGGAGGCAAAGAGGGAGCGCUCUACAACGAAAAAAAGGGACAGAUCUAUGAACAGGAGGAAGGCGAGUAUCCCUAUGAAGAAGAAGAGGAGGGAAUGGUGUAUGAAGAUGACAAAGGCCUUUACCUAUUGGACGGUACUCUCAGCGAAGAGCAGGAGCCACCCUACACCCCGACUCCAACCAACACUGCCCCAGCAUUGGUCCCUGAGGCCCCCACCAGCCGACCACCACUUGAGAAACAGGCUUCUAUGCACCAGCAACAACCCCCGCAAUCCCAGCCACAGUUCCAGACUAUGGAUCCCAAGAGAGAGUCCCCGGCCACACAGCAGCCAGAUGAUGUCUUUGCCAAAGUACCACGUACCUUGACCCCACCACGGGACUCUGAGCCUUUUGCUCCAGCAGAGAAGGUACCAUUGCCUGCAGGCAAGCAUACAGAGGAACCAUCGCCCACCUCCAGCGAGGUCCCACCUGAAGCAGAGCAAGAGAAGAAAGAGGCUCUUCCUGAGAGCACACCCAAGCAGAAGCCAUCCGUGGACCCUGCAGUAAGGGCCAAAGCCAACUGGCUACGACUGUUCAACAGGGUUCGCCUUCAGCUGCAGGAGGCUCGAGGCGAGACUCCUGGACUUGCAUCACUCUUUUUGCAAGCAGGGCCUGGGGGUGCUCUCUACAGCAUAGACAGCAUGCCUGACCUACGCAAGAGAAAGGCUAUCCCGUUUGUCCGAGACCUGGCAAUGUCUCUUGUCCAGAACUCUCGAAAGGCAGGCAUCACUUCUGCUAUGGCCUCCAGUACGCUUAACAAUGAAGAACUGAAGAGUCACGUCUAUAAGAAGACCCUGCAGGCUUUGAUUUACCCCAUCUCCUGUACCACGCCACACAACUUUGAGGUGUGGACGGCCACCACGCCCACCUACUGCUAUGAGUGUGAGGGGCUUCUGUGGGGAAUCGCUCGACAGGGCAUGCGCUGCACUGAGUGUGGUGUCAAGUGCCAUGAGAAGUGUCAAGAUUUGCUGAAUGCUGACUGUCUGCAGAGGGCAGCUGAGAAGAGCUCUAAGCAUGGAGCUGAGGAUCGCACGCAGAACAUCAUAAUGGUGUUGAAAGACCGCAUGAAGAUCCGUGAGCGAAACAAGCCUGAGAUAUUCGAGCUGAUUCAGGAUGUGUUUGGAGUCAUCAAGGCCAUGCACGUGGCACAGAUGAAGCAGGUCAAGCAAAGUGUUCUGGAUGGAACGUCCAAGUGGUCCGCCAAGAUCAGCAUCACUGUUUUAUGUGCCCAGGGCCUGCAGGCAAAAGACAAGACUGGCUCCAGCGACCCCUAUGUAACUGUGCAAGUGGGCAAGACCAAAAAACGGACCAAGACCAUCUACGGCAACCUCAACCCUGUUUGGGAUGAGAGCUUCAAUUUCGAGUGUCACAACUCCUCCGAUCGGAUCAAGGUGCGUGUGUGGGAUGAGGAUGAUGAUAUUAAAUCCAGAGUGAAGCAGAAGUUUAAACGAGAGUCUGAUGAUUUUCUGGGUCAGACAAUCAUCGAGGUACGAACUCUGAGUGGAGAAAUGGACGUCUGGUACAACCUGGACAAGCGUACAGACAAAUCUGCUGUAUCAGGAGCCAUUCGUAUGCACAUCAGUGUAGAGAUCAAAGGAGAGGAAACGGUGGCCCCGUACCAUGUCCAGUACACCUGCUUGCAUGAGAACCUUUUCCACUAUUUAACGGACAUCCAGAACAAUGGAGUGGUGAAGAUACCAGAUGCCAAGGGUGACGAUGCCUGGAAGGUUUACUUUGAAGAGACGCCCCAGGAGAUUGUGGAUGAGUUUGCCAUGCGUUAUGGAGUAGAGUCCAUAUAUCAAGCCAUGACACACUUUGCCUGCUUGUCCUCAAAGUACAUGUGUCCCGGGGUGCCUGCCGUCAUGAGUACCCUAUUAGCCAACAUCAAUGCUUACUACGCCCACACAACCCAAGCCACCAACAAUGUGUCUGCCUCCGACCGUUUUGCUGCCUCCAACUUUGGGAAAGAGCGAUUUGUCAAGCUUCUUGACCAGCUCCAUAACUCACUGAGGAUUGACCUCUCCAUGUACAGGAACAAUUUCCCGGCCAGCAGUCCCGAGAGGCUACAGGACCUCAAGUCCACCGUGGACCUACUUACCAGUAUCACAUUCUUCAGGAUGAAGGUCCAAGAGCUUCAGAGUCCUCCUCGUGCCAGCCAGGUGGUGAAAGACUGUGUGAAGGCUUGCCUCAACUCCACCUACGAAUACAUUUUUAACAACUGCCACGAGCUGUAUAGUCGAGAAUACCAAACUGACCCAAGCAAGAAAGGAGAGAUUCCUCCAGAGGAACAAGGUCCAAGCAUUAAGAAUCUAGACUUCUGGUCCAAGCUAAUCACCCUCAUUGUGUCAAUUAUUGAAGAAGACAAGAACUCGUACACCCCCUGCCUUAACCAGUUUCCCCAGGAGCUCAAUGUCGGAAAGAUCAGUGCAGAGGUUAUGUGGAACCUGUUUGCUCAAGAUAUGAAGUAUGCAAUGGAGGAGCAUGAAAAGAACCGUCUGUGCAAGAGUGCAGAUUACAUGAACCUGCACUUCAAAGUAAAGUGGCUCUAUAAUGAAUACUGCAAAGAUCUGCCUUUCUUCAAGAACCGAGUGCCUGAAUAUCCUGCGUGGUUUGAGCCAUUUGUCAUCCAGUGGUUGGAUGAGAAUGAGGAGGUGUCUCGAGACUUCUUGCAUGGAGCCCUGGAGCGGGACAAGAAAGAUGGGUAUCAGCAAACUUCAGAGCACGCUCUCUUCUCAUGUUCGGUAGUGGACGUCUUCUCACAGCUUAACCAGAGUUUUGAGAUCAUUAAGAAGCUGGAGUGUCCUGACCCACAGAUUGUUGGACACUACAUGAAGAGAUUCGCCAAGACCAUAAGCAACAUUUUGCUCUCCUAUGCGGGCAUUAUCUCCAGGGACUACCCCAAUCACUGCACCAAGGAGAAAGUGAAUGCAAAGGAUGGUGCUGUUAAGCCCUGUAUCCUAAUCAACAAUAUCCAGCAGCUCAGGGUACAGCUUGAGAAGAUGUUUGAGGCCAUGGGAGGUAAAGAUUUGAACGUUGAAGCCAGUGAUAUCUUGAAAGAACUCCAGGUGAAGCUCAACAAUGUUCUAGAUGACCUUGCAAGGAUCUUUGCCACAAGUUUCCAACCAAACAUAGAAGAAAACGUAAAGCAGAUGGGUGACAUACUUAGCCAGGUGAAGGGGACAGGAAACGUGCCAGCAAGCGCUUGCAGCAGCGUGGCUCAGGACGCCGACAAUGUCUUACAGCCCAUCAUGGACUUCCUUGAUAGCAACCUCACAUUGUUUGCCAAGAUCUGUGAGAAGACGGUAUUGAAGCGAGUGCUGAAGGAACUUUGGAAGCUAGUCAUGAAUACAAUGGAGAAGACAAUUGUUCUGCCUCCGCUGACUGAUCAAACGGGCACUCAGCUCAUAUUCAAUGCAGCCAAGGAGCUUGGCCAACUUUCCAAGCUAAAGGAGCACAUGGUUCGUGAGGAGGCCAAGGCACUGUCUCCCAAGCAGUGUGCAGUCAUUGAGUUAGCGCUGGAUACUAUUAAGCAAUAUUUCCAUGCUGGAGGUGUGGGGCUAAAGAAGACAUUCCUGGAGAAAAGUCCAGACCUGCAGUCGCUGCACUACGCCCUAUCCCUCUACACUCAGGCCACAGACAAACUCAUCAAGACCUUCGUUCAGUCCCAGAAUACACAGGUUCAUGGAGGGAAGGGGGUAAGGUUCACCCAUAGUGAAGACGUGUACCCAGAGAAGGGCACUGGUGUUGAUGAUGCAGUUGGAGAGGUGUCUAUCCAUGUGGAGAUCUUUACUCAUCCAAACAUUGGAGAGCACAAAGUCACUGUGAAGGUGGUGGCUGCAAAUGACCUGCGGUGGCAGACCUCUGGAAUUUUCCGGCCCUUUGUGGAGGUCUACAUCAUUGGCCCUCAUCUCAGCGAUAAGAAGAGAAAGUAUGCCACCAAAUCUAAGAACAACAGCUGGGCUCCCAAAUACAAUGAGACCUUCACAUUCACGCUAAGUAACGAAGUGGGCCCGGAGUGCUUUGAGCUGCAGGUGUGCGUGAAAGACUACUGCUUUGCACGGGAGGAUCGCACCGUUGGCAUGGCAGUACUGCAACUGAAAGACGUAGCACCGCGGGGCAGCAUAGCGUGCUGGCUUCCGCUAGGUAAACGCAUACAUAUGGACGAGACCGGCCUGACUGUACUGCGAAUCCUAUCUCAACGCAACAACGAUGACGUAGCUAAAGAAUUUGUCAAGCUCAAGUCUGACCAGCGCUCUGCCGAAGAGGGGCGGAGCUAAGAGCAGGAACUAGCUAGUGACACAUGUUAAUUGUAUUUUUGGUGUAAACACUGCCCUCUAAUGUUGAUAUGUUGCACUAGCGCAUAGAACAGAAUACACAGUACAUACAUCUGGGUCCAUCACUUUAAUGACCAAUCGUGUGACAAAGCAGUUAUAUAUUUGUAUUCAGUGCACUGCCAUUAGACCAGCCAAGUAAGGUUUGUCUAACAAGCACAAUUUGGCACAUAAGGUGAAACACACAAGAUAUUGUAUCUCUUAAAUUUUUUUUAUGCAUAUUUCAAGACGAAAACCUGCCAAUUGGUAUAUUUAAUACAAUACAUAUUUAUAUAUUUAUUCAUACAACUGCAAAAUAUUUGAAAUAUAUCUAUCAGCACAUACAUGUCUCAAAAUAUAAAACAAGAAAAUAUUAUUAUAUUUGUAAUAUUAAUAAAAUUUUAUAUUACAGUAUUAAUAGAAAAAUAUUAUAUUUAUUAUAUAUAUAUAUAUA